UGGUUGCCCGGGUAGCGGCGUCGCGGUGCCUUGUGGGAUGAUGCAACAUGGCGGCGCGUGUGGCGAACUGGUGUAACCGGAUGGUGGGGAUGGUCAGGUUGAGCUUCGGUAACCGCAUGGCGGUGGUCGCCCGCUCCACACCGUCAAACUUAACAGAGCUUCAGAAAAUUGGGCUGGGUUCAGAAAAUCAGACUAGGUUGACUCAACAGAGUAGAGUUUUGCAUACUACUAAUUCCUGUAAAGGACUAGAAGAAUUCUUUGAUGAUCCGGGCAACUGGGGAGAACCAACUGUAAAGUCCGGUGCACCCUGGACAGCAAAACAGCUAAGAUUAAAAAGCAAUGAGGAUUUACAUAAGCUCUGGUAUGUCCUUCUCAAAGAAAAGAACAUGCUUUUGACAAUAGAACAAGAAGCAAAACGACAAAGAUUACAAAUGCCAAGUCCAGAGCGCUUAAAAAAAGUAGAAAGAUCUAUGACUAGAAUUGACACCAUUGUUCACGAACGUGAAAAGGCACUGAGGUUGUUGCAGACUGGGCAACAGAGGAGCUAUCCUGGUGCUUGGAGAAAAACCAUCUUUGGACAAACCUAUUGGUAUAAAUUUAAGGAAUGGCCUAUUCCUUGGUACCUAAACAAAAUAUACAGAAGGAAACGAUUCUACACUCCAGCAUAUGUGGACAUUUUUGUUAGGCGUCAGAUUGAGAAGUACCUACGGAAAAAGAACCGUGUAAAGAAGAAACAACCAGUACUACAGGAGAAAAUCUCUCAAGCUUCUGCAACAUAAUUAAGUUUACAAUGUAAAUAUGAAAAUAAGUGUAAGGACAGUUUAUUACCUGUUCUAAUAUUGCAUAUAAAUUAUACAUUAAAGUUUGUUCAUAAAACAGAUAAAGACUAUGGUUAGUUCAUUCCACUUCUUGCUGGUUUAGCCUGCAGGUGAUAAUGUAAACAACAGAUUCGAUAAAAGGCACAAGAUCUAAUUGGAUUACAAAAAUAUUGAAAUAUUGUUAUUACUUGAAGAAAGCAUGAUUUGUAUCAAAAACAGUACUAAAUUUAAAGUUUAAAAUUUUGCAUUUUUGUUUUGGGAACUUGGUUGACCUAUUAUUUCAACAGUUUAAAAAAAUUCUUAAAAUAUACACUAAUAUCUAGCCACUAUACAAUGAUCAUGAAAAAAAUAUACAGGAGGUUCCUGAGAAUCCUACUUGAGAGAACAAACAAGGCAUAGGUAAUGUAUGAACUUAAUUGCUAAAAAAAUAUUUAAGGACACUUUCUUUCAACACAUUGCUUCCCUCCUUCUUCAUAUUCUUGCUUAGAGAUCCACAUCUGCUGGAAAGUACCC